AACACAAUCACAAAAAGCAAAGAGUUCCUGGACAAGAUAUUCGUGUGUUAUCCCUUCAAAAAUGCGAUUUGGCAAUCUAAAUUCAUAUCUUCAUCUUCACAAGAGCUCCCUAAUUGUUUCAAGCACUCUAAUCUUCCUUAAGACAGAAUGGAAGGACUCACCCGAGCGGUAAGAGCCUACCAAGCAAUGCUCACUGUUGGCAUUCCAAAGCAUUUGCACUGGAAAGUCAUGGAUAGAAAAAAUAUAUUUUCACGUUUUGGAUGUGUCACCUCCUCUACAACCAUGCCAGAGAAGGGAUUGGAGAAUUUAACAGUGGCAGAUGUGCUGAUGACAAAGGGAGAGGAUAAAACUGGGUCUUGGCUCUGGUGCCGCACCAAUGACACUGUUUAUGAUGCUGUCAACAAUAUGGCAAAAAAUAAUAUUGGGUCACUGGUAGUGCUAAAGCCUGAAGAACAACAUAUUGCAGGAAUCAUCACAGAAAGAGACUAUCUGAGAAAGAUAAUUGCACAAGGGAGGUCCUCUAAGUAUACAAGAGUUGGGGAAAUAAUGACUGAUGAGAGCAAGUUAACAACAGUAACAUCUGAUACAAAUAUACUUCAGGCAAUGAAACUUAUGACAGACAAUCACAUAAGACAUGUUCCUGUUAUAGAUGGAAAGAUAGUUGGCAUGAUUUCCAUUGUAGAUGUUGUUCGAGCAGUAGUGGAGCAGCAAAACAAAGAACUGAAGCGAUUAAAUGAGUUCAUUGGAGGAGAAUACUACUAAAAUUCCAAAUAGAAGCAAGAAAUAAGCUUGGUUUCUGUAAAACUUCGGAACCAUGUUUUCUCAUAUAUGCAGCGCGCAGAACAAUGAAUUGUGAUGCCAACCCCAAAAAACCAUAAGAUCAAUACAGUACGAAGCCUGUGUUCAA